AUGUUCGUACUCAACUACAUGUUACUUUCAGUGGUGGUAGUAUCCUAUGGUCAUGCGUCGUUGCUCGGUUCGGCAAGUGAGGACCGUUAUUAUCAGCCUGGCGAUAUCACACUUGGAGCGCUUAUGACACUACACCACUCGAACAGUGAUGACGAAUGCAAUGAUUUUUCCUCUCAAGGACUUGGCAGUGUGGAAGCUAUGAAGUUCGCCAUCGACACAAUCAACAGGAACCCACAGCUGCUUCAAAACUUGACUCUAGGAUAUGAUAUUCGGGACUACUGUAGAAGCACUUUAAAAGCAAUGAAACACACUUACGAUUUUGUCCGAAAAAAUGAAUUGGCGUCACAAUUUCAAAACGCCACGUACAUUUGUGCAAUAAAGAAUAGCACAGAACAGAAGAAACCUACUCCAAUAACAGCUGUGAUUGGUCCGACCGAUUCAGGGGCUGCGAUCUUUGUAGGCAGCCUUUUAAAAGUGGCUGAAAUCCCUCUUAUCAGUCCAUCGGCAACAAGCGAUGAGUUGAGCUCUCAGCAGUACAGUUACUUUUUUCGCACCGCUCCUCCCGAUAAAAAGCAGGCGAGGGCAAUGGCCGAUAUAAUAGAUUAUUUCAAUUGGAGCUACGUGGCUGCGGUGGCAAUGGACGAUUCUUACGGUCGGAAUGGGGUCCGACGAUUAGAGGCCGAGGUAGCCACAAGAAAGUCAUUUUGUCUUUCUUUCGUGGAUUAUAUACCCAGAAAAAAUUACACAACAAAGCUAGUAAGAGCGGUGGAGAAGCUUCAAUACCACUCAAAUAUUCGUGUCGUGGUGCUUUGGAUGAUAAGAGGAUAUGGAGACCGAUUUCUCGAAGCAGCAGCCAAACAGGGAAUGUUCGACCGCACCUGGAUUUUCAGCGAUAGUUUGACGGCUGGAGGAGAGGAGCUUAUGAAAAUGAAAGACGAAUAUAAAGGAGUUGUCCAUGGGUCACUUGGAAUUGAACUUCAACAUUUUCAUGUUCAAUAUUUCCAAGAUUUCUUGAUCAAAGAAUCCAUCAAGUCCUUACAAGAGGAAAGCACCUCUGCUCCUUGGUGGAAAGAGUUUUGGAAGCAAAAAGGUAAUUCAUCUUCCAAUGAAACAGUUAUUCGUUCGGUAUACAACAGCUACAUUCCCUAUAUGGUAGAUGCCGUGUUUUCUGUUGCCUUUGCUAUUCACAACUUAAGUCAAAUCUAUCCCACAGUCGAUCCAAAGAAACUCGAGGCGCAUCUUCGCCAAGUCGCAUUUAAUGGAGAAACUGGGGAAAUCCAAUUUGAUCAGUUUGGAGACCCUAAAAUAUCGUCUUAUGAUAUUGUACAUUUUCAGAUGAAUGAAAACUCCGAUUUAAUAAAAUUAGCCAUCGGAUCGUGGGAUGAAAGUCGAAAGGAAAUUCAGUUAAACGUCUCCGGCAUAAAGUGGAAUACCGCGGCAGGUCACAAAAUUAUUCCAAAGUCAUUCUGCCAUAGAGAUUGCCUUGCUGGUGAAUAUCAGUUACCAACGACCCCUUGCUGUUGGACUUGCCACAAAUGUCCGGUUGGAACAGUUGGGGCUGGAGUGAAUGAUUUGAACUGCACCGUGUGUCCCCGAGGACAAAAGCCCAAUGAACGGAGGUCAAAAUGCCUGGAUCUUCCUGAAGUAGAAGUCAUGUGGUCAAGUCCCGCGUCUGUCCUUAUCGUUCUGUUUACCACAGUUGGAUUCCUUCUCCUUGCCAUUUGCAGUUUCAUUCUAUUUAAACUUUGGAACACUCCCCUUGUCAAAGCAGCUAAUCGCGAAUUAAGUUCUAUCCUUCUGUUUACAAUCGCACUGUCCUUUUCUUCCUCUAUUUUAUCCCUCACCAAGCCUACGAGCUUUACGUGCGCUUUGCUUCACUGCUGGCGGCCCAUGGUUCUCGUAACAAUCAUCUCCAUACUGAUAAUUAAGACCAUGAAGAUACUCAGUGCAUUCCAAAUAAACGUUAUGGCCGAGAGAUUCAAAAACUUUAUUCUAUCCACAAAGAGACAAACCUUUAUCGUUCUGAUGCUAAUAUUUCCACCAGCUGUAUUCUGCUCGUUAUGGAUUACUUUGGACUCGCCACACCAGCAACGGAUCAUACAGACAAAUAGAGGUUCAAUUCCUCUCUCGUGUUCUUUGCAUCAAUCGUCCGUUGGAAUGAGUUUUCAAAUCGCUAUAUCUGUGUACACGUCUCUUCUUGCAGUGGCUUGUACAUAUUACGCCUUCAAAGCUAGAACACUUCCUGAAAACUUUAACGAAGCCAAGUAUAUUGGAUUUUCUAUGUACAUCUUAUUACUUUCAAGUGUAGCAUACUUCCCUAUUGACAUUGGCCUGAGCGGUUCCCACGCAACAAACUUGACUUGCGCCAUGAUACUUGUCAGUUCAUAUGGACUAUUAAUUUGCAUGUUCGCUCCAAAGAUUUUCGUAAUUCUUCUCAAACCUGAACAAAAUACACACCAGGCCGUCGGUUCACAAGUGUCGGACUACUCGUUUUGCCUAUCGUUGAGGAAUAAGACAGCAGUGACACCUAUGAAACCGAAUGCCCUAAACAGGCAGAAAAUGUUGCAGCUAGAAUUUGCUUCUACCGGUAACUCAACAACUUAAAGUUUGCCAUGUUUUCAUAUGUUAUCAUUGGAGAGGAGGGAACCUGUUUAGGAAGUAGAGGUCACUCGCCUAAUUCAAAACGUCAUUCAAUCAUAUGUGCAAUAGACGCUGAGUAAUUUGAUCUUGAAGAGGUUCAGUACAGAUCACUCAUGUAGUAUCGACCGGUUAGAUUUUACACGUGUUCAUUCAAAAAUACGUCAUGUGUUAUUUAGGCCCUCUCCAUAAUGGUACUACGAACGGAGCUCAGGUAGUAGUUUCAUUGAUUUUUCACAAAAGAGAGAGACAAGCCUUAAGUAUAACGUGUGAUUUUGUAUAUUUACGAUGAGCUAAGUUAAAAAGCAAAGUUGGAACAUUAAAGGAGAAAGAUGCCUGUGGCAAUGCAUAUAAAUUCUCUGGCACGUAUCUUUUCACAAAUUUCAGUUCGAGUUAGGCGACAUCCCACAAAGAAUCGAUGAAUUAGGUCACUACAAGACUGUAGUAGAGUGCUCUCAGUUGAUCUGUUUGAUUUGGUAAUUUAAAUCGUUCAACUAUACUUUUCAUACCAGUUUCAUAAGCAUUGCGACACUGAUUUUAGAAUUCAUUACUCGAAAGAUGAUGGCAAAUGCAUUAUGGAAACAAUGGAAUUCGCUAUCGACACAAUCAACAGGAACGCAAGAACUGCUUUAAUUAGAACAUGACUCCAGGAUAAGACAUUCAGGAUUACCUUAGAAGUACUGUUAACCCUUUCACUCCCAAGAUCUCAUAAGCAAUUGUCCUUACUGUUUACCAUACAGUUCUUAUGAUGUUAUGAUGUUAUGAUGGUGUUGGAUCAACUAAUAAUCCCGUAAUUGAUAUUUUUCUUCAUUCUCAUCACCUAACUGGUUGAUAUUGUAUUGAUAUUGUUAGGAGAAAUUCUUUCUUGGUCACUUGUAAGAGUGAAAGGGUUAAAGUCAUGAAACACACUUAUGUUCUUGACCAGCCCUCCCACCAACGUUUGAUGAUUCAUUCAUUCAUAUCUUAAAUCCCUUUUCCUUUUGAAGAGAAGGUUUCAACCGGUUUGAGAAGGUUUCAACCGGUUUGAACCCACCACAAAAUAAAGAUCGAACUGAAUUGAAUCAUAAUUUUAUCAAAGCAAAAAUUAUUCGCCACAUCAAGAAAUUAAAUGGUCGAUAUGAUAUGAAAUGAGAAUUUACACGUUAAAUACUCAUUUAUGAAAACUUAAUUCGAGUUGUAAAAAGACUUUGUUUAAUGAAACAGUGGAAGGUAGGGUUUCAGAACUCCAGAAUUGUUUCUCCAAAUCGGGUCUAUAUUUUCAGAGUUAACUUGCUUUGGAUCUUUAUUCAAAAGUACAAUUCUUUAUCAACUCGAGCCUCAAGCUAAUUGCCUGGGACCAAUUUGAAAGAUCGUUAAAGACAUAUUCAGUGGCUCCUUGUGGUUUUUUCUCGUUAGCCUCUCUCUUUCUUCUGUUUUGGUUUUAUGACACUCAGUCGAAUUUGCUUUUAUUGUGAAAGAGACUGAGCUUAAAACAAAAAAGAGUUGAGCGGUUUUGACGUUUACAAUGACACUAAAAAUAAAUAAGUAAAAAUUCUUCACCUGCCUUCAAACAACUAACGAUUAAUGAUUUAUUGAGGGAUCUUUCAAACCCAUUUUUUUUAAUUUUGAAGGUUUUAACCGGUUUAACUAAAUAUUUUUUCACAAAAUUAAAAAUUAGAAAUUGAUCAGUCGAAAAAUUAUUCGCCAUAUCAAUAACCAGUUGUUAAUUUGGGAGAUCUCACUGAGAUGUUAGAAGAGUUGUCAUGACCUAUCGUUUUCAAAUGAAUUUUCUUUCUGUUACAUUUAUGUAUUGGUAUUUAGUUUUAACUUGUGAAACAAGUACCCUCCACGAUAGCUCGUUUUCGGAUUUGAAAGGAUUCGAAACUUAACUCUUCUUAACUUUCCUAAACUUUUGUAAUUAAAAAAAUAUCAUUGUGACCUUAUAACUACUAUAACUUCAAAGAAAUGCAGGAAACCCAUCUAAGGACACGGAUAAAUUAAAAAGAAGACAAGAUUACAAGGGUCCGAUAGAAUCUCAGAUCGGUCGCAUGUCAGUUUAAAAUGAGCUCUACGUUGGACAACACAAUGAAAAAAAAAUAGUAUCAUUCAAUGUGUGUGAUCGUCGAAGUGUGGAACUGAAAAAGGCCUUUGUCGGUUAUAGUUAAGUUAUUAUGAGUUGACUCUCCAACAAGGGGCUUUUCAGGUCUUCAAUUACUUAGAGGAUCACACUACACGAUGAUUAUGAUUCCCUAUAAAGUCAACCGUUUCCAUACUGUAAUGGGCAACAAUCAUUCGCAAGGCGCGAAGUAUUUACCAGAUUAUGUAAAAAGAAAUAAUUAAAAAAAUAAUACUUCGAGCCAUCUUAGUCUCGACAUUGGGAAACAAACCCAGAGGAGUUAGGCGGCGAUAUGUUUUGCUGUUUUCAUUUCUACUAAAAAAUUAAGUAAAAUUAAAAAAAAAAGGUUCGCUAGUACUUACAUACACCGACGAUAAACAAUUUUGAAUUAAGUGUCAAAGUUAAUCCAGGAUUGCUUUAGCUUUGCUUCACUUCGCAUUAUGAUUGGCCCAGAAAAAAUUCGCUCCAUUUUUUCAACCGAUCAAAUCAAUCAAAUUAAAACCAAUUGCGACUUAGUCGCACGCGUUUUCCCGCGCUUCUGAUAGUUUACUUUUUCCCUUGAUUCGCUCAUGCUCCUUGCAAUUUUUUCCUUUUGUUUUGAUUGGCUUUGCUAUUACCUUUCGUUUAGUUUUCGACACUCAAUCGAAAUGCACUCUGGCUAUGGAAGAGAAUAACACACAUAUAGCCGCGAAAAAGGAUUGAGCGCUUAAGAAGUUCAUAAUAACAAUUUUAUAUGGAAACGUGCCAAUUCUUCACAUGCCCUUCUUGUCAGGCUAACGAUCUUAGAUUCAUCGAUAGAGAUUUCAAACUCUUUUCAUUUUAAAGCUUCAGUUGGUUUUGACACGUACAAAACGUGAAAAAGACUCUUCAUGUCUCAGAAAUGGCGACUCAAUUCAAAAUAGAUCAUAUCAAGAAAUAACAUGAUCCACAUGACGUGACAAUGAUGUCGAUAUGAAACGCUCAUUUAUGACAACUUCAAUUCCAUACAUAAAGAAGUUAAGCACGGUGGGUUGUUUCCUCUUUAAAUCAGUCACACGGAAUCUGGAUAAUCUGUAGGUCCACAUUAGCCUCAUGGCUGUCACUUUUGCGACCUGCAUCACUAAAUAAAAUGAUUGAUUGACGGAGGAAGUUGUAAGAUUAUAUCGUUCAGAUGCCGCACUUCAAAUAUACUUGUCAAAAAUCUUCCAAAAGCAGCCUUUUCUAUCUGUCGGUGAUGUAAAUUGCUAUUUACUCUCACGAAUACGGAAGAAGAAAGGCUGUUAAUAUUCGUUACUGUUGAGUUUUCACGUAAAUUUGAAACCAAGAACACUCAACGAACAGAAAACAAACAUUGGAAGGUAAAGGUAAGAAACAACUUAUUAAUUUUCGUGUUCUGAGAUGUAAGAAGGGUUGUCAAGACAUGCCGUUUUAAAGACAUUUUACUUCUGUUCAAUUUGACUACAUUAGAAUAAGCAAGUUUUGCGUUGUAAAUCAAUAGUGGUUUUUAAAUCGUUAUUUAGGCGACGAGAAGAAGUUAACACGAAGGGACAUCAAUCUCGCGCCUUCCUUUCUACUCUCAAAUUACUUUAUGCUUUAUAAUUAGUUCCUGAAGUAAAAAAGAGAGCAAAAUGAAAUUUUCAGAAGUUGAUAAAUCUUAUUUUUUCUCAUUAGAUAUUAAAUGUUUAGGAAAUUGAGAAAAAAAAUUAGGUUUUUCCAUCUGUGAUACCUUAAAUUCCAAAUUAGUAAAGUAAAUAACUUAUACCAAAGGAAAUAAAGAAUAAAAAUUAUCCUUAAUUGAGAACAAAGAAAUUGUCAUGGAAACUGCAAAAAUAAAUGAUAUUCCGUUGUUAAAUUACUAGUGUGUUUAACAACCAUUGCUUCAAAACGUCGCUCAGCUGUCAAAGAGCUUUCCUACCUUCACUUAGAUGUCACACACUUGUUUUUCACAAAUGUGUCACCCGCUAGUUAAGUUCAAUUGGACUGCAUUAGAAUAAGGAAGUUUUUUCGACUGAAAUUAAGCUGAAACUUGUGACACGACUACAUGCCGCCCUUGCAAAGGUAGGACUACCAUUAUCGGAUAAACUAGGGUCCUCAAGAUAACUCGCAUAAAAAUAAGCUCAAGCUGGUGGCUUUAAUUUCAGUAAGUUGAGUUCUCCACAACUGCCAAAAUUACAAAAACAAACGCCCAUCGCAAACCUCCGCUUAUGUCGUAAAUAGAGUACAUGUGCCUAAGGGUCCAGAUGACUCGCAAUAGUUGUAUCUGCCUCGGAUAAGGACCUUUCAAACCUAAACAUUCGACUUGCAGUAAAAUUCUAAUUCUCGAUGAAUGAAGAAAGAAAUUGACACGAAGAUUUUUUGCAGACUAAAACAGAUAGAAAAAGCUAUUGUCCCACAUCAGAGUUCUUGACAAUAAGAUGGCGCCAGAUGAAAGAUACUACCGGAAAGGAUAAUUGUAUCCUGGACUUUAAGUCCACAAAAUUUGGCGCAAAAAAGCUUUUGCUGACCAGGCAAGGAUUCACUCACGGUUUUUAAGCGUGCGAGUUUUGUUUUCGGUGCUAUACACCUAUUCUUUCUAAAAUGCGUCACAAGCUAAAUACACAUAAAUAAGGAAAUAAGUGGAAAGCGCUAAUUCCAUUCUUCUCUAUUUUCAAAAAUUUUAUUUUUAUUGCUUAGUGAAUAGUCAGUCGACAAUGGAAUUCUCAAAAUACAUGUUCUUGGACGUCCACACCAAUCUACCUAACUGUACUUAGUAACUUUUUUACUCUCUCUAGAAAACGGGCGCAAAAAUGACGGUUUAAGCAACAUAAAUGCCAAUUUGGUGCGAAAGGUAGACCAAAGUGCGAGAAAGGAAUACAACCCAAAUAUUUCCUUAAAAUGUUUCCACAAACCACUCAAGAACUAAUUAAAUUGAUUUGACACAAAAGAAUGACAAGCUUUAUGCAUUAUGUUAGGUUUCCUUCAAUUUAGCCGACACUUCUUGAAAAGGUAAAUUAAACCAGAAAAGCCGUGAAGUUUCUUAAAGAGAGAUGUAAUUCGUCUUGAAAAACUACUCGUCUAAUAGUGCGUCUUAAUUCCUCCAUUCGAAUUUUUUCUAAUAUUUCAGUUAAACUUAGACAACAUCUGCCAUAAACCAAAAUGAAACAAGAACGAUUUUUUAAUUGUAACGCUCAAAAAUUCAAAUUAUAUCUGUUCCACAAACAUGUGUCCACACAUAAUAUUAUAAAUUAAUGUAAUUUGUCAAUGUUUUCGCUUAAAACUCAAAUCUUAAUCGGGUCACUUCAAAAUCGAAAGCAAACUUUUUUCGCUUGAUUCCUUUUAAAGAAAAACUUUCUACCUGACACAUUCACUGGUGAGCCCAAAGUAAAGACUAUAUGCUGUUAUCGAUACUGCAUCAAAUUCGAUUCCUCCGCUUGCUAUGUCUACAUUAAUACUUACCGCCGUCCAAAACCAGGAGACAAUAAGCGAGCGUGACUUUUUCGGUUAAUCUCUCUAACUCGAUAAGUCAUUUUUCCGAUGAUUUGUUCUAAAACUACAAGUUAAUCAAGUAAUUCUUUUUACCUUUGUAACAGGGAAAAACAUUCUGCGAAAUGUUCGUAAACAAUUGCGUGUUACUUUCGGUAGUGGUGUCCUAUGGUUUUCAGACGUCGUCAGGGACGACAAGUAAAGAUCGUUAUCAUCUGCCUGGCGACAUCACAAUUGGAGCUUUGAUUACACUACACCACACCAAUGAUGAUGGCGAAUGCAGUGAUUUUUCUUCAGCAGGACUUGGCCAUGUGGAAGCUAUGAAGUUCGCCAUCGACACAAUCAACAGGAACCCACACCUGCUUCAAAAUGUGACUCUAGGAUAUGACAUUCGAGACUACUGCACAAGCACUGUAAAGGCAAUGAAACACACGUACGAUUUUGUCCGGAAAAAUGAAUUGGCAUCAGAAUUUCAAAACGCCAGGUUCGUUGGUGCAUCAAAGAGUAACACAGAACAGAAGAAACCUACUCCAAUAACAGCUGUGAUUGGUCCGACCGAUUCAGGGGCUGCAAUCUUUGUAGGGAGCCUUUUACAAGUGGCUGAAAUCCCACUUAUCAGUUACUCGGCAACAAGCGAUGAGUUAAGCUCCCCGCAAUACAGUUACUUUUUUCGCACUGUUCCUCCCGAUAGAAAGCAGGCGAAGGCAAUGGCCGAUGUAAUAGAUUACUUCAAUUGGAGCUAUGUGGCUGCUGUGGCAAUGGACGAUUCUUACGGUCGAAAUGGGGUCCGGAGCUUGGAAACUGAGGCAGGCAAAAGGCAGACAUUUUGCCUUUCUUUUGCAGAUUACAUACCAAGAGAAAAGUACGUAACAAAGCUAGAAAGAACCGUGGAGAAGCUUCGAAGCCACUCAAAUGUUCACGUUGUGGUGCUCUGGCUAUUAAGAGGAUAUGGACGCCGAUUGUUUGAGGAAGCUGCAAAACAGAAAAUGUACGACCGCACCUGGAUUCUCAGCGAUAGUUUGACGGCUGGAGGGGAGGAGCUUAUGAAAAUGAAAGACGAAUAUAAAGGAGUUGUCCAUGGGUCACUUGGUAUUGAACUUAGUCAUUUUGAUGUUCAAUAUUUCCAAGAUUUCUUGAUCAAAGAAUCCAUCAAGUCCUUACAAGAGGAAAGUGCCUCUGCUCCUUGGUGGAAAGAGUUUUGGAAGCAAAAAGGUAAUUCAUCUUCCAAUGACACAGUUAUUAGUUCGGUAUACAACAGCUACAUUCCCUAUAUGGUAGAUGCCGUGUUUGCUGUUGCCUUUGCUAUUCACAACUCAAGUCAAAUCUAUCCCACAGUCGGUCCAAAGAAACUCAAGGCGCAUCUUCGCCAAGUCGCCUUUCCAGGAGUAACUGGGAAAAUCCAAUUUGAUCAGUUUGGAGACCCUAAAAUAUCGUCUUAUGAUAUUGUACAUUUUCAGAUGAAUGAAAACUCCGAUUUAAUCAAAUUAGCCAUCGGAUCGUGGAAUGAAAGUCGAAAGGGAAUUCAGUUAAACGUUUCCGGCAUAAAGUGGAAUACCGCGGCAGGUCACAAAAUUAUUCCAAAGUCAUUCUGCCAUAGAGAUUGCCUUGCUGGUGAAUAUCAGUUGCCGACGACCUCUUGCUGUUGGACUUGCCAAAAAUGUCUGGAUGGAACUGUUAGCGCUGGAGUGAAUGAUAUGAAUUGCACCUUAUGUCCCCGUGGACAAAAGCCCGAUGAACGGAGGUCAAAAUGCUUGGAUCUCCCUGAAGUAGAAGUCAUGUGGUCAAGUCCCGCGUCUGUCCUUAUCGUUCUGUUUGCGACUGCUGGAUUCCUUCUCCUUGCCAUUUGCAGUUUCAUUCUCUUUAAAUUUUGGAACACUCCCCUUGUCAAAGCAGCUAAUCGCGAGUUAAGUUCUAUCCUUCUGUUUACAAUCACACUGUCCUUUUCUUCGUCUAUUUUAUCCCUCAGCAAGCCUUCGAGCUUUACGUGCGCUUUGCUUCACUGCUGGCGACCCAUGGUUCUUGUAACAAUCAUCUCCAUACUGAUAAUUAAGACCAUGAAGAUACUCAGCGCAUUCCAAAUAAACGUUAUGGCCGAGAGAUUCAAAAUCUUUAUUCUUUCCACAAAGAGACAAACCUUUAUUGUUCUGAUGUUAAUAUUUCCACCAGCUGUAUUCUGCUCGUUAUGGAUUACUUUGGACUCACCACACCAGCAACGGAUCAUACAGACAAAUAGAGGUUUAAUUCUUCUCUCGUGUUCUUUGCAUCAAUCGUCCGUUGGAAUGAGUUUUCAAAUCGCCAUAUCUGUGUACACGUCUCUUCUUGCGGUGGCUUGUACAUAUUACGCCUUCAAAGCUAGAACACUUCCUGAAAACUUUAACGAAGCCAGGUACAUUGGAUUCUCUAUGUACAUCUUACUACUUUCAAGUGUAGCAUACUUCCCUAUUGACAUUGGCCUAAGGGGUUCCCAUGCAACAAACUUGACUUGCACCAUGGUACUUGUCAGUUCAUAUGGACUAUUAAGUUGCAUGCUAGGUCCAAAAAUUUACGUAAUUCUUCUCAAACCUGAACAAAAUACACACCAGGCCGUCGGUUCACAAGUGUUAGACUACUCGUUUCGCGUGUCGUUGAGGGAUAAGACAGCGGUGACACCUAUAGAACCGAACGCCUCCAACAGGCAGGAAAUGUUGCAGCUAGAAUUUGCUUCUACCAGUAACUGUACAAAUUAA